CUGCCCAUACAAUCUGCUAAAUAUGUGUUGUGCUGCAACAGUUAAAAGUGUGAAAGGAGCGCGCGGCGUGAAACUGUCGAAAGCCUGGGUCUACUGGUGCUCGCUGUGAGGCUCUGUCCGCCCCCCUCCCCGCCACACAACAGCACAACUCGAACAACAACGGGCGCUGAUAACGGUAGCUUCAGACGCAGCAGCCAUAGGCCAUAGGCAGAGCGAAAGCUCCUGUUCAAGCUAGUGGCAGGGCAGCCAGCCCCAACGCCAAGCAGUACAACAGCAGCUAGGCUGUUGGCCCCCUGCCCCCCGGCCACUGUCCCUUUUACCCAGUGUCAUUCAGUGUCAGUCAUGGGCACCAUCUCAUCGGUGCUGCAGUGGUCGUGCACCAAGUGCAAUACGAUCAAUCCAACUGAAUCUCUCAAAUGUUACAAUUGCGGUACUGUGCGCAAGGUGUUUCCCAGUCCUACCGCAACAUUGUCGUCUCACCAGACGGUCACAGCGACAGCAACAACAACUGCACAGCGACAGCCCAGCACUUGGAUACAUCGACAGCGAGCACCCCCGCAUCCGGCAGAAGCGUUGCCAGCUGAUGGAGAGUCGCUGGAUAGGAGCAAAACGGUAACCAGAAAUGAAUACAACAAACAUGUCUACAAGUCGCUACUGCGCGGCUGUCUGAAGCGACCGCAGCGGAAUAGCCAGAACCUGCCCGCCAAUUGUGUGGAUUGCGAGGAUACGCGAAAGUACAUCAAGAGCUCCAUCGAGCUGUAUCGUCACUUCUCGAAUCCGGCGUUGAAUCGACGCUGGAUCUGCCACGCCUGCGAGACGGACAACAAUUCCGUGACCUGGCAUUGCCUGAUCUGUGACACGGUCAGCUAUCUGGCGCCCAUCUACAAGGACGCAAUUGCUGGCCAAGAGCUGGCUGCUGCUGGCAGUCUGUUGGGCAGCAAGGGGGAUUUGCUGGCGGACAGAUCGGAACCGAAUAAUCAUCACCAGCAUCAGCAUCAGCACCAGGAGGAGCAACAGCAACAGCAGCAACAACAACAACAACAACAACAUUCCCAAAAACGACAGCUCAAGGGCAGUGGUCGCAGCGGUAGAUUCUCACUAUUUCGUCGCACCCAAAGCCUGAGCACGGCCAUUGACAAGAGCUCCUCGGGUCGCAGCUGUCACAUUUGCUAUGUGAACAAUCAGAGCAAGGACAUCUUCAAUUUGCCGCAAUCCAAGCCGCAGCUAGUGGCAGCAGGUGCUCCUCCGUUGGCCAGCUGCAGCAAUUCCCGUUUCGCCAUUGCCAAUGAUACAUUCUGUCGCCGCAAGCAGAACAACAAUAACAAGAACCAAAACAAAGUUGUGCGCGAAAGUUGCGCCAAAAAGAAAUAUAAUUUUACGAUCACAACGCUGUCGAGAUCAGCGGCCAAGGAGGUGCCCAAGGCGAUAGCCAAGCCGCUGCGACAGCAACUCCUGCAGCAGCAGCACCAGCAGCAGCCGACGACGAAGCAACAGCAAGCGAGUGCACAGCGUGAGCCAGCAGCAGUGAGUAUGAAUCCAACACAGUUCACCAUACCGAGGAAUGGAGUCUUCAUAGCGGUCAAUGAGUGGUCAGAGCCGACAACCAGCAGCAAUGUGGCCAGUGGAAAGCGCACUCAGCAGCAGCAGCAGCAACAGCAGCAGCAGCACAAUAACAAUAACAACAAUAGCAGCAAUAGCAACAAAAACAACAACAAGGAGCAACAGCAGCUAUACGAGAACGAUUGCGUGGCCUUGGCCCAGCAGCAGCAGCUGAGAGCAACCGCGGCACAGGCAGCACAGAUAGCAGCAACCGCCGUGGCUGUGCCCGAGAUUAGCUCACCUGUGGCUGCAGCUGAGCAGCCGCUGCCGGCAAUGCCCAUCUACGCACAGGUGAACAAGCAGCACAAGCUCAAAAAGAAACAGCAGCAGCAGCAGCAGCAGGAAGCUCUGGGCAACAACAAUGGCCUGAACAGCGUUGAGGCGGCAGCAGCGGACAACAGCAGUGGCAGCGAAGCUGUGACAGGAUUUGGUUGCCUCGGUGCCAGCACCGAUGGCAGCGGCGAGGCAAGCGAAACAGAAUCGAGCAGCACACAGCCGGAGCUGCAUGUCGAAGAGCAUUCCAUUUAUGCCAAGGUUUGGAAGGGACCACGCAAGGCAACAGAAUCGAAAAUCACGCAUGAACCACGUCUUAGCGCUGCCCCAAGCUCAAGCUCAAGCUCAGCAGCGACUGUCGGCCAACGCAACGACAAUAAACCGCUGCUGGUGUUGGCUGCUCACAGCAGUCGCAGCAAGAUGUGGACAUGCAUCAAAUGUUCCUACGCCUACAAUCGUCUCUGGCUGCAGUCCUGCGAGAUGUGCGAGGCCAAGCUGGAGCAGCAGCAUCAACAGCAACAGCAGCAGCAACAGCAGCAGGCAGAGACACCAACGCAUCGCGAUGAACCGUGGACCUGCAAAAAGUGUACGCUGGUCAACUACUCGACGGCCAUGGCCUGCAUUGUCUGUGGCGGCUCCAAGCUGAAGAGCAUCUCCUCCAUCGAAGACAUGACGCUGCGCAAGGGCGAGUUCUGGACCUGCAGCCAUUGCACCUUAAAGAAUUCCCUGCAUUAUGGCAUGUGCAGUGCCUGCAAGUCGAUACGCCUGCUGCCGGUCGAAACGGUGCGCGAGCGUCCCGACGGUCAGUCGUAUGAGGAGCAAGACGCUGCCGCAGCCGCAGCCGCUGCCACUGCUGCUGGGCAGCAUCUACCAGCAGGCAGUGCUGGCAAUGAGGCGAAGACGCCCACAAUCAUGUCUAUGCCCAUGCCAAUGCCACUGUCCAUGCCCAUGGCCAUGCCCAUGCCCAUGCUGCAGUUGCCCGCAGCUGUGGUGCAUCGUGGCUCGCGCAGUCCAUCGCCCAUGGCACAACAGCAGCAGCAGCAGCAGCAAAAACAGCAGCAAUCGCAGAUGCAGCCAGUGAGAAGCUCCUCGGGUGCCAUACCAAAAAGACACAGCACCGGCGGCUCCAUUGUCCCACGUAACAUUUCCAUUGCCGGACUGGCGGCCGGCACUUCGGCCUACAACAUACAGCAGCAGGGAGCGCCAGCAGCCGCUGGCGCCAAGAAGUGGCAGUGUCCGGCCUGCACGUACGAGAACUGCGCCGCCUCCGUGGUCUGCGACAUCUGCUCGAGUCCGCGCGGACUGGUGAACGCUGUCAUUGGGGAUGCCCUGUCCAGAAAGUCCAUACGCGUGGCCCUCACCGACAUCAGGCAGGAGAGCAAGCUGAUGGAGAAUCUGCGCCAGCUGGAGGAGACCGAGGCACUGACCAAGUGGCAGAAUAUCAUUCAGUACUGCCGCGACAACAAUGAGCUCUUCGUGGACGAUUCGUUUCCGCCAGCGCCCAAGAGUCUCUACUACAAUCCGGCGAGCAGCGCCACCGAGGGCAAUCCCGUGGUGCAGUGGCGUCGCCCGCACGAAAUCAAUUGCGAUGGCGGCGCGUAUCCACCGUGGGCUGUGUUUCGCACGCCCCUGCCGUCGGACAUCUGCCAGGGUGUGCUGGGCAACUGCUGGCUGCUCAGCGCAUUGGCCGUGCUGGCGGAACGGGAGGAUCUGGUGAAGGAGGUGCUCGUGACCAAGGAGAUAUGCGCACAGGGCGCCUACCAGGUGCGCCUCUGCAAGGAUGGCAAGUGGACCACGGUGCUGGUGGAUGAUCUGCUGCCGUGCGACAAGCGCGGCCAUUUGGUCUACUCGCAGGCGAAGCGGAAGCAGCUCUGGGUGCCGCUGAUCGAGAAGGCGGUGGCCAAGAUUCAUGGCUGCUACGAGGCGCUCGUCUCCGGCCGUGCCAUCGAGGGCUUGGCCACGCUGACGGGCGCUCCCUGUGAGAGCAUACCGCUGCAGGCCAGCUCCCUGCCCAUGCCCAGCGAGGAUGAGCUGGACAAGGAUCUGAUUUGGGCGCAACUCUUGAGCUCGCGCUGCGUGCGCUUCCUCAUGGGCGCCAGCUGCGGCGGCGGCAACAUGAAGGUCGACGAGGAGGAGUAUCAGCACAAGGGACUGCGUCCCCGGCACGCCUACUCCGUGCUGGACGUGAAGGAUAUACAGGGGCAUCGGCUGCUGAAGCUGCGCAAUCCCUGGGGCCACUAUUCGUGGCGUGGCGACUGGUCGGAUGACUCCUCGCUGUGGACGGACGACCUGCGGGACGCCCUGAUGCCGCACGGCGCCUCCGAGGGCGUCUUCUGGAUCUCCUUCGAGGAUGUGCUCAACUAUUUCGACUGCAUCGAUAUCUGCAAGGUGCGUUCCGGCUGGAAUGAGGUCCGCCUGCAGGGCACACUGCAGCCCCUGUGCUCCAUCUCCUGUGUGCUGCUCACCGUGCUGGAACCCACCGAGGCGGAAUUUACGCUCUUCCAGGAGGGUCAGCGCAAUUCCGAGAAGUCACAGCGCUCCCAGUUGGAUCUCUGUGUUGUGAUAUUCCGCACCCGCUCGCCGGCGGCACCCGAAAUUGGGCGUCUCGUGGAGCACAGCAAGCGGCAGGUGCGCGGCUUUGUGGGCUGCCACAAGAUGCUGGAGCGUGACAUCUACUUGCUGGUUUGCCUCGCCUUCAAUCACUGGCACACUGGCAUCGAGGAUCCGCAUCAGUAUCCGCAGUGCAUCCUCGCCAUCCACAGCUCAAAGCGUCUGCUUGUGGAGCAGAUAAUACCCUCGCCGCAUCUCCUGGCCGACGCCAUCAUCAGUCUGACGCUGACCAAGGGCCAACGGCACGAGGGACGCGAGGGUAUGACCGCCUAUUACCUCACCAAGGGCUGGGCGGGUCUGGUUGUGAUGGUUGAGAAUCGGCACGAGAACAAGUGGAUUCAUGUCAAGUGCGACUGCCAGGAGAGCUACAAUGUGGUGUCCACACGAGGCGAGCUCAAGACCGUGGACUCGGUGCCGCCGCUACAAAGGCAAGUGAUUAUUGUGCUAACCCAGCUGGAGGGCAGCGGCGGCUUUAGCAUCGCUCAUCGUCUCACGCAUCGGCUGGCCAACUCGCGGGGCCUGCACGACUGGGGACCGCCUGGAGCCACGCACUGUCCACCAAUUGAAAAUGUGCACGGGCUGCAUGCACCGCGCCUGAUCACCUAAGGAUUGCGCGCAUGAAAAAUUAAUGAAUGAAUCGAACGCAUAAACGGAUGGGUGGGGGGAUUAUGCCUGGAGCACUGGUUAAAGAUAACGAACGAUUAAUGAUGAUGAUUCCUUUCGAUGUUCUCUCGAUGUGUACUUAUGUAUGUUCUUGAUUUCCAUUCGUCUCCGCUCUAGUCGAUGUUUUGUAAACGUAUUACGUACCACACACACAUACAACAAAAAAUACCAAAACCCAAA